GCGGGCCCCGGUUAUUGUCCGGGCUCCGGCGGCGACAGCGGCGGUCGGUGCUGCGGGAGCAGCGGCGGCGGCUCGGCGGGAGCGAGGGCGGGAGCGGCCGAGACUAUGGCUGGAGGCAAAGCUGGUAAGGACAGUGGGAAGGCCAAGGCUAAGGCAGUGUCUCGCUCACAGAGAGCUGGGCUACAGUCCCUCCCAUUCAGACGGUGUCUCUUUCAGUUUCCCGUGGGCCGCAUCCACAGACAUUUGAAGACUCGCACCACAAGCCACGGAAGGGUCGGCGCCACCGCGGCCGUGUACAGUGCCGCAAUCCUGGAGUACCUCACUGCUGAGGUGCUGGAGCUGGCAGGCAACGCCUCCAAGGACCUCAAAGUGAAGCGCAUCACUCCCCGCCACCUACAGCUCGCCAUCCGUGGGGAUGAAGAGCUGGAUUCUCUCAUCAAGGCCACCAUAGCCGGGGGUGGUGUGAUCCCUCACAUCCAUAAGUCUCUGAUUGGAAAGAAGGGUCAGCAGAAAACUGCUUAGAGAAUUGUUUUAACUCUCUUCCUCCCUGUCAUUGUACUGUAACUAGGACAGAAGAAAUAUUGGGGAUAUAUGGAAUUUUAAAAAGUUAAAUGGAACAGCAUAGACAAUUACUGUAGACAUGGUUAGAGAAACAUUUGUACAUUCUUAGACUCGAAGUUUGAUAAAAGUAUCUUUUCACGUGGCAACAGUUGUGUGUUGAUUGGCUGGCUUUCUCCCAUGUAUUUUAUACAAAAAUGGAAUUGAUAAACCAUUUUUUACAAAAAUGA